AUGAAGCGCCAAUAUUUUUGCGUGGCCGUCUUGACCGUCGUCAAUGGCCUGAAUUUCAUGGACCGAAAUACGGUGGCAGGCGUCCUCUCCGACAUCCAAGACACUUUCUCGAUCAGCGAUCAGCAGGCGGGGCUGAUUCAGACGCUCUUCUUCUGCUUUUACAUGUUCGCCGCGCCGCUUUUCGGUUAUCUGGGCGAUCGGUACAAUCGAAAAUACAUCAUCUCUUGCGGGAUGGUCAUCUGGAAUCUAGGGGUCAUCGGGUGCUCCUUUGUGCCGGCAAAUCAUUUCUGGUUGUUUCUCCUUCUCCGAGGGGUCGUCGGGAUCGGGGAGGGCAGCUUCUCGAUUAUAGCUCCCACCAUUGUUGGUGAUUAUUUUACAGGAGCUAGACGGGCCCAAAUGCUGACCGUUUUCUACAUAGCAAGUGGAGUUGGAUCCGGCCUCGGCUUCGUCGUCGGCUCCAGUGUGGCAAAUGCAGCUCAUGAUUGGCGAUGGGGGAUUCGGGUUGGACCGGUCGUAGGAAUCAUUGGUCUCAUCCUGGUCCUCCUCGUCGUCUACGAGCCAGGGCGAGGCGCCUCAGAUUUGGAGGAGAUCAACGACGCUAGCGAGAAGACGGUCACGAAAGUUGACGCUGUUGUUAAUAGAGAACCAUAUUGGAAGGAUGUUGUGUAUCUAUUUGGAAACCCGACUUUCCUCUUCAUUUCCAUCGGGACCAUCAUGAACCAGCUAAUCACAGCCACCCUCUCCUGGUGGGCACCUACGCUGUUUUUCAAUGCCAGGGCAGCUCAUAAAGACUUCAGCACAACGGAUCAAUUAACAUCUACCGAAAAGGACGAGAUUACCCUAACAUUUGGUGGCAUUACCGUAGCCGCCAGUUUAUUUGGCGUCAUUUUGGGCACGGUUAUGAGUCAGAAACUGGAACAUUCAAAGGCUUCCGCUUUGGCACCCUAUCGACUCCGCGCCGAGCCCCUGGUCUGUAUGUUUGGUAGUAUCAUCGGCACGCCGGCAAUGUUUGUCGCGCUAUUUAUGGCAAAGAACCAUAUGAUCGUCACCUACUGUCUCCUCUUUGUCAUGAUCUGCGGAGUGGCGUUCCCCUGGGCGCUGAGCACCCAUAUGAAUAUUAGAGUCGUUUCGCCGCAGCGAAGAAGUGUGGCUUCGGCUUGGCAAAUCAUGUUUGCGCAUUUGUUGGGUGAUGCUCCGGGGCCUUGGAUCGUCGGUCUGAUUUCCGAUCUCAUCCGCGGUGAUGACGCCUCGCCAAGCGGCAAGUUCCACUCCCUCUUCAUCGCUCUCCUAUUCCCGAAUGCCGUCUGCGCGGCCAGUAUCCUAUUCUAUGGCCUAGGCUCGGCAACGAUAGUGAGAGACCUAAAAAUCGUAGCCGACGAGCUGGAGGAGACGGCCAGGCAAAAGGCAUUGAAAGCAAAAGUCAACGAUGGAUUCGACGACGUUUCUUUAACGUCAAAU